AUGCGACAACAAUCUGUGGAUGCCGGCGCCGAUGAGGCGUUGGCGAGGAUGGGCUACAAGAGUGAACUGCCGCGCAAUUUGAGCAUGAUGAGUAUUUUGGGACUCUCGUUCGCUAUUAUGGCUGCCCCCUUUGGUCUCAGUACAACCCUUUACAUCACCCUCACUGAUGGUCAGUCCGUCAGUGUCAUCUGGGGUUGGGUCGUCGUCACCCUGAUUUCCAUCGCCAUUGCCGCCUCUCUGGCCGAGAUCUGCGCCGUCUAUCCCACCGCUGGAGGAGUCUACUACUGGAGUGCGAUGCUGUCGACGCGGAGAUGGGCCCCCAUGAUGUCCUUCAUUGAUGGCUGGCUGACACUGGUUGGGAACUGGACGGUCACACUGAGUAUCACCUUCUCGGGGGGUCAGCUGAUCCUGAGUGCCAUUUCGCUGUGGAACGAGGACUUUGUCGCCAAUGCAUGGCAGACUAUUCUCAUGUUCUGGGCCGUCAUUCUGGUCUGCGCGUUGGUCAAUAUAUUCUGCUCUAAGUGGCUCGACUUGAUCAACAAAGUGUGCAUUUAUUGGACGGCUGCCAGUGUGAUUAUCAUCCUUGUCACGCUGUUGACCAUGUCGGAUCAGCGACGGGAUGCUGAGUUUGUGUUUGCUCAUUAUGAUGCUUCGCAGAGUGGCUGGCCCUCCGGAUGGGCGUUCUUUGUCGGGUUGUUGCAGGCUGCAUACACAUUGACAGGAUAUGGUAUGGUAGCAUCCAUGUGCGAGGAAGUGCAGAACCCGCAUCGCGAGGUGCCCAAGGCCAUUGUGCUGUCUGUGGUGGCUGCUGGUAUUACUGGUCUGGUCUAUCUAAUCCCGAUCAUGUUCGUCUUGCCGUCAGUGCAGACCCUGCUCAACGUAGCCAGCGGCCAGCCCAUUGGACUCAUCUUCAAGACAGCCACCGGGUCUGCUGGUGGAGGGUUUGGACUCUUGUUCCUUAUCUUAGGAAUUCUGAUGUUUGCGGGCAUCGGCGCGCUAACGGCUGCGAGUCGAUGCACGUAUGCCUUUGCUCGGGACGGGGCCAUUCCUGGGUUCCGGCUCUGGCGCAAGGUGAAUAAGAAGCUGGAUGUGCCGGUGUGGGCGAUCAUUCUCUCCACCGUGGUCGACUGCCUACUGGGGCUGAUCUACUUUGGGUCAUCGGCGGCCUUCAACUCGUUCACAGGCGUGGCCACGAUCUGCCUGUCGACGUCGUAUGGUCUCCCCAUUCUUAUUUUGAUGCUUCGCGGGCGUGAAGCCGUUAAGGGCUCCAGCUUCUCGCUGGGACGAUUCGGAUACGCGAUCAACAUUGUGUCCAUAUGCUGGAUUGUGCUGGCGGUGGUUCUGUUCUGCAUGCCGACCUCACUGCCAGUGGAUGCCAGCAGCAUGAACUACGCGAGUGUGGUAUUCGCAGGCUUUGCGGCCAUCAGCAUUGCGUGGUAUGUGGGCUAUGCGCGGAAGCAUUUCACAGGGCCGCCCCUGGCGGAUGAAGAUCUGCCGGGGGUGAUGACGGGGAAGCCGGUGGAUGCGGAGAAUACAUACGCAGAGCAUGAGAAGGGAAAGAAUUGA